AUGAAGCGCACAGCCUUUGAACUACCGCGAAACAUUGAGCUAGCCGAUCCUAAGUUUCAUAUCUCUUCCAAAAUCGAUAUAUUGAUCGGAGCGGACACUUUCUGGAAUCUCAUGUGCAUAGGGCAAAUCAAGCCUUCUGAUAAGCAUCCACUGUUACAGAAAACAAGACUCGGCUGGAUUUUAGCUGGUCGACUAAACCGUUCCGUAACGCGUCCGCGAAUGAUGCAAGCGUUUCACGUCUCUGUCAGUAAUACCGAAUUGCACAAUCAACUAAAUAAGUUUUGGCAGUUAGACGACAUUCAUGGUAACUCAGGUAGUUAUACUCUCGAAGAGAGCCUUUGCGAGAAACAUUUCUUAGAGAACGUGUCUAGGAAUAAUCAGGGCAGAUACAUAGUCAAAUUGCCUCUCAAGGAAAACUUAAUAAACGACCUCGGCGAUUCAAGAAAUAUCGCGUUAAACCGUUUGCGUGGAUUAGAAAGGCGUUUUAGUCGAGAUCCCGAUCUGAAAGAACGAUACACGCAGUUCAUUGACGAGUACAUUGCAUUAGGGCACAUGAAGCCGAUCAUAGAACAAUCCUCAAAUCAAUCCGGAGUUUAUUACCUGCCGCAUCAUUGCGUUCUAAAGGAGUCCGCCAAGGACACUAAGCUUCGCGUCGUUUUCGACGGAUCGUGCAAAACCGAUACCGGGUUGUCACUAAACGAUUCUAUGAUGAUAGGACCGGUGGUUCAAGAGGAUCUCACCUCUAUACUCACGCGCUUUCGUACUUUCAAAUACGUGUUGGUGGCUGAUAUAAUUAAGAUGUAUCGCCAAAUCUCGCUACAUCCUUCACAGACACAAUUACAAAGGAUUCUUUGGCGUGGUGACGCCAAUUCAGACUUUAGAGCUUACGAAUUAACCACCGUUACUUACGGGACAUCAGCAGCUUCUUACCUAGCCACGAGAUGUCUUACACAUUUAGCAGACCAAUACUCAGAUACCUUCCCCGUAGGCUCAUCGCAUGUCAAGCGUGAUUUUUAUGUUGACGAUCUGCUCACCGGAGCUGAUUCAAUAUCAGAAGCGACAGUCAUCCGCGAUCAAGUAAUACAACUAUUAGAGUUAGGUUCCUUCCAGCUCAGCAAGUGGGGAUCCAAUUGUCCCGAAUUGUUGAAAGGCGUGAGUGAUCAGAGCGAGGGUCUUGUAUAUUUUGAUAAAGAUUCCGCUUUUCGCAUUUUGGGUAUCCUCUGGGAUCGAGACAACGACACAUUUCAUUUUUCCCAUAAGCCCAGCCAAGUACCUGACGUCGUGACUAAGCGUUCGAUAUUAUCUGAAAUCUCAGGUUUAUUUGACCCAUUAGGGCUGCUUGGACCGGUCAUUGUGAUCGCAAAAUUGAUUCUCCAAGAGCUGUGGCAAUCGGGGGUGGACUGGGACGAAUCGAUCCCGCAGGAUGUUCAUACCAAGUGGCUGCAGCUCAAAUUACAAUUCUCAAGUUUAAAUCAAUUACAGAUUCCUCGUUGCGUCGGCAUUCUCUCUGAUCCGAGCCUCUCCCAAAUCCAUGGCUUUUGCGAUGCCAGUCAGCGCGCUUACGGCGCAUGUGUCUACCUUCGCACUAAAGUCGGCAAUCAAGACUAUCAAUCAAACCUACUUUCUUCCAAGUCUCGCGUCGCGCCACUCAAGGCAGUAUCAUUACCGCGACUCGAAUUGUCUGCAGCACUUUUGUUAUCGCAGUUAAUCGACAAAAUUAGAUCAUCACUCGAUUUGACAAACGCAGAAAUCAUCUUAUGGUCAUAUUCUACCAUAACUCUAAAUUGGAUAGCGUCUCCGUCGCGCAAAUGGUCGGUAUUCGUAGCAAACCGCGUCGGAGAAAUACAACGCUUGACCAGCAUAAGCAAUUGGCGACACGUUGCUUCUGGCGACAAUCCGGCAGACAUAUUAUCGCGAGGAUUACUUCCUGACGACUUGAUAAGCUCACCGAUGUGGUGGCACGGUCCACCGUUUUUACAACUGCCCGAGGCCCAAUGGCCAAGCGGCGUAUACAACUCUUUGGAAGGCGAGCAUACGGAUUUAGGUUCUCAACGUCAGUCUAAUCCCAAAACCAAGGUGGUUUCCCCGAAGGAGCUUCUAAACUCUUUAAACGUAAUAUGCAAGGCUGUUCAAAGGCAGGUUUUUUCAAGCGAAUACGUUUCAUUGCGCAAGCAUGCCGAGAUUAAUAAAUCUAGCAAUUUGCUCUCGCUCGCCCCAUUCAUGGGCGAAGACGGCUUGAUCAGAGUCGGAGGGAGACUGAAAGCUUCCGCAUUGUCAUUCGACGCGUGUCAUCAAAUAGUUUUACCUCGCAAUCAUAUCCUAACGAAGCGCAUAAUAGAGCUCGAGCAUCUGCGUAAUAUGCAUUCUGGCUUGCAAGCCACCAUGGCUGCAGUCAGACAGAGGUUUUGGCCGCUUUCGCUGCGAUCAGCCACUCGUAAGGUCAUAAACAACUGUUUGCCAUGCUUCAAGGCAAGGCCAGUUUUCUCCGAAGCACAAAUGGGUUCGUUGCCCGCGUCUAGGAUCAGAUUCUCACGGCCGUUCUCGCACUGUGGAGUUGAUUAUGCCGGGCCUGUCACCUUGCGAGAGGGUAAGCGUCGCAACUCGCGAAAUCACAAAGCGUAUAUAGCGGUUUUCGUAUGUUUCGCCACCAAGGCUAUACACUUGGAACUCGUGAGCGACCUCACAACUGAUGCGUUUAUCGCGGCUCUCAAAAGAUUGAUAUCGCGCCGUGGCAAGCCCCAGCAAAUGUAUUCCGACAAUGCGACUACAUUUGUUGGAGCACAAAGACAAAUCAAGGAAUUUUAUGACUUUCUUAAAACCGAGCAGGCACAGACUUCCAUAGAGCAUUUCUUGCGAGACCAACAAACUACGUGGAGUUUCAUUCCUCCCAAUGCUCCUCACUUUGGGGGCCUCUGGGAGGCGGCGGUUAAAUCUGCCAAGUACCAUCUUACCCGUAUCGUGGGCUCGGCUAACCUGACAUUCGAGGAAAUGCAAACCGUCCUAUGCGAAAUUGAGGCUAUAUUGAACUCGAGGCCUCUCAUUCCGUUGAGUUCCGAUCCAAACGAUUUGAGUUACUUAAGCCCCGGGCAUUUUCUGGUUGGCACCCCAUUGAAUAGUUUUCCUACCCAAGAGUUAUGUGAUGUAAACACGAACUCAUUGUUGCGAUGGCAAUUAAUUGAACAAAUGCGACAGCACUUUUCACGCAGAUGGAGCGACGAAUACCUUAACUCCCUACAGGAGAGACACAAGUGGAAGACCUCCAAGGGCCAGCAGCUAAAGCCCGACCAGUUAGUCUUAAUAAAACAGCAAGGCCUAGCGCCUCUUCAGUGGAUAACUGGUCGAGUGGAGGGCGUGCAUCUAGGAUCCGAUGGAUUGGCCCGCUCCGCCACGGUCAAAACAGCCAAAGGAUCUUAUGUCAGGCCGCUUUCAAAGUUAGCUAUAUUACCUAUGUAA